AUGUAUAGCUCAUGCAGAUAGGAUAUUAAAUCUUCGAAUUAGGAUGGAAAAGAAUCUUUUCUUAAUAAAAAUGUUAAAAGUCUAUAUGUUACCGAAAGUUCUAGAUAAAGUAACUUAAAACACAGAAUGAUCAGUUUUUUAACACGAUAAGCAACAAAAGACUUUCAAUAGAAGCUUAUCUAUAAAAACUUAGCUACAAAAAAUAAAUAUGUCAAAUAAUUUAUAGACAAAUUGUUAGCUCGGAAAUUCUUUCAAAUUCAUUUUAAAGAAUACCAUUAUAGAAUAUUAAAUGAAAAAUAUUCUGCAAUAUUAUAAAGAGUAGAUGAGAAUAAUAAAUUACUUAAAAAUCACUUAAUCAAUUAUUGUCAUCCUUUUUAUUCAUGGAUAGCCAAAAAAAUAAAUAAAAUACCAUUAAUUUACCCAUAAAGUAUCUAUAAAACUAUAUGGGAUGUCUUAGCAACAAUUGCAAGACUUUAUUUUUUAUAUAUGAUUCCAGUUGACAUCUGUUGGACAUAAGAAUAAUUAUUAUUUGACAAUUAUUUUAUAAGUACCUUGAUAAUGAUAUCAAUUUUAUUAGUCGAUAUAUUUAUAAGUUUAAACACUGUAUUUUAUGAAGCUGGCUAAAUUGUUACUAAAAGAAUUUAAAUUAUUAAAAAUGUUUUAUGGUAAUCGUUUGGUUUGGAGUGGAUAUCAACCUUUAUAGUUUUUAUUUUAUUUUUGUAUUCUUUAGCAACAGAUACUAAAGUAGAUAUUAAUUAGAACCCAUAUUACAUAAUUUUGUUACUAUUUUUAUCACAUUAUAAGAAUGUAUAAAAUAAAGGGAAAUAAUAUGAAAUGGCUUUAAAUUUUACAAGAUAAGCUUCAUCAAUAUUAUAAUUAUUCAAAUUUACAUUAUUAAUAUUUUAUGUAAUCCACAUUUUUGGAUGUCUUUGGUUUUGGGUAAUUUUAUUUAAUAAACUAUAUAGGGAGGUUAAUUUAGUGAGCUUUAUAGAGAAAGUAGUUGGAUAGAUGAUCGGAAUCUAUUGGAUAAGUCUUGGAAUAUUCAGUAUUUAUCAUCAUUUUAUUAUGCAUGUGUUACUAUGUUUACAGUUGGUUAUGGAGAUAUAACACCUAAAAGUGAUGAAGAACGAAUUAUAGCAAUAUUGUUAAUUAUGGUAUCAAGUGUUUAAUUGCCAUAUUCUAUAAAUACAGUUGGAAAUGUAAUUUCAGAAAUCACAUCUUAAUCAGAAUUAUAAAAAAAGAAUAUAAGAAUUAUUAAUACAUAUUUACAUAAAAAAAGAAUUCCAUAUGCAUUCUAAGAAUAAAUAAGAGAGUAUUUAAAAUAAUAUUGGAUUUAACAAUAAGAGGAGGAAACAAUGGAAGAAAAAACUAUCAUAAAUUAAUUGUCAGAAAAAUUAUAAGAAUAAUUAAUGUGGUAAGUCAACACAUAAGUAAUUCGAGAAAUGCCUUUCUUUUCUUAAUUUAGUAGACCAUUUUAAAAAGCUUUAUCAAAAAGAAUAAGUGUCGUUGAUUUACUUCCAGAAAAUGAAUUUCGUAAAGAAUUAGAUUAAUUUGUAUGUUAUGUUGAAAAAGGGGAAAUUUCAGUAUGUGCUGAGGGUUAGAAUAAAAUUAAGAUUAGGUAAGUUAUGGUAGGGGAAACUUUUGGAUUAAAAGGCUUUGUUUUAGGAAUACCAACUAAUGAAAUCUAUAAAAGUGUUGGCUUUUCUAAAUUAUUAAUGAUUUGUAGAUAUGAUUUUAUCUAACUUCUUAAAGAAUUUCCAAGAGAUUUUGAACUCUAUUGCAAAACAAGAGAUGGAAUACAAUUUUCAGAUAUUGUUUGGGAUGAAUAAUGUUUAUCCUGUUAAUCACCUUCACAUUCUAUCAUUAAUUGUCCUAUGUUACAUUAUAUACCAUAAAGAGAUUUAAUUAUAAAAAGAUAUUAAUUUGAUCAUAAAUAAAUGAGAAUGAAGUUUAAAAGAAAACACAGAAUUUGUAACAAUACUCUAGAUCUAGAAAUUUUGAAAAAGAUUUAAAAUGAAUAUUACAAGAAAUAUCAUUUUGAUUUUUAAGAAAAACCACCAAGUGAAAAUAAAAGUCAAAUUUAAAUCCCUAAAAUUAUAAUAUAGCAUUCUUCACCACCUGCACCAUCUCGAAAAAACUCUUAAUUAAAUUUUAAUGAUCCAUUUAAUUUCAAUUAAGUUCAAGGCUUAAAGCAUUCAAUAAGUAUAAUAGGAAGACCUUAAAAUCCAAUCGAUUAUGUUAGAUAAAAUAAUUAAUAGAUUAUUAAUUAUGAUCCUGAAUAAGAUAAUAUUAUUAAUGAUGCAAUUGAAGAUUAAUUAAAAUAAAGAUUCUAUUAAUUAAAGAAUUAUAAGAAUCUACCUCCAAAAGAUAAAGAGGCAAUUUCAUUUUUGAUCAUGAAAUACAAAAAUUUCAAAAAAUUUGAGAAAAAAUAGCUGAAAAACUUUGAAUAAAAGAAAUCAUAUACAGAUUACUAUCCAGAACAUAAUGGUGAAAAAAUGAUACAUUUAGCAAAUCUAAGAAAUAGAGAUGACAUCAUUUCUAAAUUAAUGCCCUAUUUGCUCUUUCCAAAUGUAUAUUUUUAAAGAUUUUAGAAGAAAUUAUAUUGA